AUGUCCGAAACUAAUAAUAAUCAUAAUAGUCAUCAAGAAGCUAUAAUUGCUAAUCUUAAACAAUUUGAUUCUGAAUUUGCUUCAAAAUAUGAUUUACAAGAAACAACCACUGUUUUAUCAUUAUUAUUUUCGAAAACAUUAUUAGAAUUUAAUCCUUUAAAUUUAACUAGAAAGACUAUAGAUGAAUCUGAACCAGUAUUAGGUGAUCCUACCCUACCAAAUAAUGGUUUCACAUUGGACAAUACUUUACCUCCCAUUAAUACAUUUUCAACCAAAUUUCCUCAUUCGAUAUUUAAACCAGGAAUGAAAUUAUUAGAUUUUGCUUGUGGUACUGGAAUAGUUACAACUAAAUUAAUUCCUUAUUUAAUUGAUGAAAAACAUACCACCCUAAUUACUGAAGUAGUUGGAAUUGAUGUUAAUGAAGCAUUUUUAAAUAAAUUUAAUGAAAAAUUUAUUCAUUUGAACCAAGAACAAAUCACCAUUAAUUCAUAUAUUUAUGAUAUUCUUAAUCCUAAAUUUGAAUCUGAAUUGAGGAAGUUUAAUCAUAAAUUUGAUGCUAUUAUUUGUACGAUUUCUUAUCAUCAUCUUGAUAAUUAUCGAGAUGUUACUAAGAAAUUAGUUGAAUUCCUAACUCCAGGAGGUUGGAUCUUCAUUAUUGAUUUUUAUAAUGAAGAUGUAGACCAUAUAAAUACAAAAUCAUCAACUGCAAAUCAAGCAGUAAGACAUAUGGGAGGAUUGAAAUUAUCAUCAUUAAAUGAAACCUUAGGAGAUUAUUGUCAAUUACAUAAUGUUUCAAGUGCAAGAGAAUUUAAAAGUUAUAUUUGGCAACCUAGUAGAUUCAUUCAUGAUCAUUGUCCUCAAUCUAUCAUUGAUAAAUAUCAUAAAGGGGAAUUACCAUCUAAAUUGAAUGAAUCUAAUGACGAAUUAUUUUGUAUUGAAAGUAGUAUAGUCAUGGCGGUUGGUCAAAAGGGGAAGUAG